GCCCCACAGCCAGAGCAGCCUCCACUGCCCGUGUCCACAGAUCCCAGCUCCCCCCCCCCCCGGUUCUCUGUUUCCGCAGCAGGCUGUCUUUUUUUUUUCUUCUUCUGGUUUUCCCCUCUUCUCCGCUACUCUAUUUCCUUGGAGCGACGGAUCUCGGCCGGCGGAGCCCACGUCCCAGAGCUAAGGGUGUCUCCGCAUCUCGGCUCCGAGCCAACAGAGAAGCGAAAAGGGAUCACCGCGAGUGGGAGCACUCCGCUGCUGAGAUGCCACUCUGAUCGGAGGGUCCCGUGGGACUGGGAGAGAAAGAAACAGGACGGCGCGGGACGCACCGGUCGCCGCGGAGCCGGGCGCAGGGGAGACGACGCCAAUCGAGCCCUCGAUAAAACGCGGACCCCUGAGCAGGCCAGCCAUGCUAUAGCACGCACACCGAGAAAAGGCUAGUUGAGCUCCGGAGAGAACACCAGCUGCCUUUUAUCACACUCACCGAAAACAACAACCGCGAGCAUCGCCCUGCUCACCCGUCGCUUGCCGUCUGCCAUCCCCGCGGAGAUGCCGAUGCCGAGGUUGACGCUGUGGCACUUGUUGUGACGGGGCACAGCGCGUGCGCGCACACAUCCGGCGGGCGGGUCGGUGGGCGGCACAGGGGCACCGAGGGGAUUUUCUUUUUCCGGGUCGGCGUGGUUGAACCAUGCGGCCCUGGGCGGGAUCGUGGCGUUGGAUUACCCUGGUGCUGUUGGCCUGGGGCACGCUCCUCUUCUACAUCGGCGGCCACCUGGUGCGGGACAGCGAGCACCCGGAGCGGUCCAGCCGGGAGCUCUCCAAGAUCCUGGCCAAGCUGGAGCGGCUCAAGCAGCAGAAUGAAGACCUGCGGCGCAUGGCCGAAUCGCUCAGGAUACCCGAGGGUCAGGCAGAAGCCGGGUCCCUGGCCGCCGCGGGGAGACUCCGCUCGUUGGAGGACCAGCUGACCAGAGCCAAGCAGAAGAUCCACAGCUUCCAGAAACUCUCUGGAGACGGCCCCGGGCCCACUCAGGAGGAGCUGCGGAGGAGGGUGGAGAACGGCGUCAAGGAGUUCUGGUACUUCGUCCGCAGCGAGGUGAAGAAGCUGGCCACCGUCGAGGCCAGCGAGAGGCAGAAGUACGCCGACACACUCCUUCAGGACCUGGGACACCAGGAGAGGUCCAUCAUGACAGACUUGUACUACCUCAGCCAGGCGGACGGAGUGGGCGAGUGGAGAGUGAAGGAGGCUAAAGACCUGUCGGAUCUGGUCCAGAACAGAAUCACCUACCUACAGAACCCCCCAGACUGCAGUAAGGCGAGGAAGCUGGUGUGCAACAUCAACAAGGGCUGCGGUUACGGCUGCCAGCUCCACCACGUGGUCUACUGCUUCAUGAUCGCCUACGGCACCGAGCGCACGCUCAUCCUCGAGUCGCACAACUGGCGCUACGCCCCCGGCGGCUGGGAGACCGUCUUCCUGCCCGUCAGUAACACCUGCUCCGACCGCUCCGGGGCCACCACCGGACACUGGUCAGGAGAGGCCCACGACAAGGACGUCCAGGUCGUGGAGUUGCCCAUAGUGGACAGUCUCCACCCGCGGCCCCCCUACCUGCCGCUGGCCAUCCCCGAGGACCUGGCCCCGCGCCUGCACCGCCUGCACGGCGACCCCUCCGUCUGGUGGGUGUCCCAGUUUGUCAAGUACCUGGUGCGCCCCCAGGCGUGGCUGGAGAAGGAGAUCCAGCAGACCACCGCCAAGCUGGGCUUCAAGCACCCCAUCAUCGGAGUCCACGUGAGGAGGACGGACAAAGUGGGGACGGAGGCGGCCUUCCACCCCAUCGAGGAGUACAUGCUCCACGUGGAGGAGCAGUUCCAACAUCUGGCCCGACGCGUCCACAUCGACAAGAAGCGAGUUUACCUGGCAACCGACGACCCCUCGCUGCUGCAGGAGGCUAAGACCAAGUAUCCAGAAUACGAGUUCAUCAGCGAUAACUCCAUCUCGUGGUCGGCAGGCCUUCACAACCGCUACACCGAGAACUCGCUGCGAGGAGUCAUCCUCGACAUCCACUUCCUGUCCCAGACUGACUUCCUGGUGUGCACUUUCUCCUCACAGGUCUGCCGCGUGGCCUACGAGAUCAUGCAGACGCUGCAUCCGGACGCCUCGUCCUUCUUCUACUCCCUGGACGACAUCUACUACUUCGGCGGACAGAACGCCCACAACCAGAUCGCCGUCUACCCGCACCAGCCGCGCAACGGCGAGGACAUCCCGCUGGAGCCCGGCGACGUGAUCGGCGUGGCCGGCAACCACUGGGACGGCUACUCCAAGGGCAUCAACCGCAAGCUGGGCCGCACCGGCCUCUACCCCUCCUACAAGGUCAAGGAGAAGAUCGAGACCGUGAAGUACCCCAUGUACCCCGAGGCGGACAAACUGCUCACCGCUCAGAAGAAGUAAAAAAAAAAAAAAAUCAUAAAAAGAAGAAAAGAGAAGAAGUAAUACAAAGGAGAAAAAAAUUAUGUUUUAAAAAUAAAGGCACGACGAGGAGCGAGGAGAAAACACGCAGACUCCGAUUCCAGGGAAGGAGGCUGCUUUUGUACAGAGGAGAGCGACAGAGAGAGAGAGAGAGAGAGACAUACUUAGUGCGCUAAGCUGGGAAGAAAAGAAAAGGCCUGCACCCAGGGGGGACAGGAAUGAGAAUGCACUCUGUGUGUUUCUGCGUGUGUCUGAGUGUGUGUGUGUGUGUGUGUGUGUGUGUGUGUGUGUGUGUGUGUGUGUGUGUGUGUGUGUGUGUCAGUGAGUGCGUGCACUUGUGUAAAAAUGCCUGUGCAUAUGUCAGGUCAUGGACGACUUGCCGACCCCUACCACUACUCCUCCCCCGCCCCGCCCCGCCCCCUCGACGUGGGGGUCUGUAGAGACGUAGACGUUGAACAUUGAUUUUAAGUAAAAGCGGAGAAAGAGCAAUUCAAAUCUACAACACAUCCGACCAAGCUCGCUCGCUCGCUCGCUCGCUCUCUCGCCGUGACGGAGGCUGGGGACUACUGGACGGACGACGGCCGCGGCCUGGAGAGAGCGAAGCUUCCAAUCCGGGGGGGGAGAGGAAGAAAAAUGACGAACUGGAAAAGAAAAAAUGACAAAUGACAAACUGGAAAAGAACAAAAAAAGAGAGAGAAAAAAGGUGUUUUUGAUUUUUAUUUAAAAUUAUUUUCACUGGUUUUGAUUCUAAUCUUGCCUUUGUUUUUUUUCUUUGUCUCCUGUUUUAUUGUUUACUGAAUGUACUGUACUUCUUGCCAUGCUCACCGCUGCCCCCCCCCCCCGCCCCCUCCCUCUCUGUUCCCCCUCCUCUUCCUCACUGUGCUUCCUCCAUCUUGUCUCUACAUGUGCAAUUAAUUUUAAAAUACCAUACUGUGCUUUUAUCGAGUGUUUUUUAAACGGUCUUAUUUUUUGUGUGUAUGGGGCUUGUGCAUUGUAUACUGUACAGUGUGUGUGUGUGUGUGUGUGUGUGUGUGUGUGUGUGAGGAUGGAUGAAUGCGUGUGUGUGAUCAAGUGUGCCUGUGUGAAUUGUUAAAGUCUAAGGGGCCAUGUCACAACCUGGUGCCUGGUUGUGUGUGUGUGUGUGUGUGUGUGUGUGUGUGUGUGUGUGUGUGUGUGUGUGUGUGUGCGUGCGUGCGUGCGUGUUUUUAUUUACGGCUUUUCCUCCUGACUGUACAGUGUUUGUGUGGCCAGCGGGAGACUGGCGGUGACAGUGGGUAACUGUCCCCCCCCCCAGCACUUGGAACAAUGGUUCUCUCCAGUCAUCGACCCUCUCGUGAACAACGAUUUGGUGGAGUGCGGUGACCUCGCGCACACACACGCACACACACACACACACACACACAUGCACACACACGCACACAGAUACAGGAGCCGUCCCGGGGCUCACCGAAAGCACUCCACCGAGAUAAAUGUCUCUUCUGUCCUUUGUUUGUUUCGUUUCUUCUUCUUCUUUCUUUCUUUCUUUUUUUUACUUUGCUGUUUAAAAAGGAAAAGAAAAUGAGGUAAAAAAAAUAAAAUAUAUAUGCCUAUGUUUUAGAAAUGAUGAUAUCAAAUCUCAGAACCCCCAUCAUGAAGGCUUUUUUCAUAACUUAUGUUCUCGGGCAUUGUCUUUGAUAACCACAGAUCGAAUAAACAUGAGAAACCAA